AGUAAUGAAAGAGGAAACGAGUGCAAGAAGAAUGAUAAAGUCUCCAAAUUAAUAAUAGAUUUAGAUUGAAAAUUAAAAAGUAUUACAAAUUAUAUGUCGCCAUUUCUAGUAUUUUAAAGCUUUUUAAAUUUAAUACCUCACCCUCCUCACUUUUACAUCACGCAUAGCUAUGAAGUCACCAACAAAAGAAUCGCUUACAGAAGGUAUUGUGAGACACACAAGUUCUUUAUUGGAAGAAUGCAACCAAUCUGGAAUUGAAGUUCAACAGAUUAAAGAGGAAGAGACGCAGAUACCCAAAACUAAUGCGAGAUCUCAAAACAGUUUUGAAGACACUACUUUGUUAGAAAAAGCAACUACGACAAAACCUACUAACUUAGUUCUAUCACGCAGUCAAGAUGAUGAUUAUAUUGAGAACGCAAUAAAAGAACAAUACGAUCGAGUCUCACCAAUUUAUUAUUAUUCCUCGACACGCGGUCCUUUAAGUUCAACAGGAGCAACGCGAGCGAAUAAAUUUCGUUCACGAUUUCACAAAAGUCACACAUGUGGUAGUUUAUUUGCUAAAUGCAAUUGUGACGUCAGUAAUGACACCCCGCUGGCAACAGCAAUAGAAUACGUUGAUCGAAAAAAUAGCUCACGUGCUCCAUCAAUUGAAAACGACGCUAACAGCGGUCUUUAUAUCUUAAAUACGGCAGCAACAACAACAACAACGAAAGCUACUGUACAUAAACAACCGCAGCAUUCAUAUCAUCUGUCAAUUUCACCGUCUUCGAACACCGAGCUUUCGUUAGCAUCGGCAACAUCAGCAUCAGAUAAAUGCUUUAGUUCGGGUUUCCAUUCAUUUUCUAGCCAAACCUCAUCGGCUACAUCAGCUUAUCUGUCGCGAGAUGAGAGCUUAAAUACUAGUUUCGAUGGAGGUAAAAGUGACAACAACAACUUUUCUAAAAAUUCUCAAUUACUCUCACCUACUGAUAAAUCAGGGACAGAGAGCACCAAAAGUACAACCGUCAUUGCUGUUAAGACCGCUGAUUGCGGCAGUCAUAAUACGCAAAUAACUAAACCGACUGUCAGUACAGAGCAGAAUGCUCUUAGCUUAACACAACAAGCCCAUAAACAAACGGUUCCACGGAUCUCAUCACCUUGUUUAGGUCAAAAUAAAUUCCUGAUCUCACCCAAGCAACGUAAAUCAGAAAUUUGCCAUAAACAACUAAAUAAAAGACUAUUUCAGUCUUAUUCUCACCCCGAUACAAGUUUCAUAUUUACCGAUCAAAAUAAACAUCCUCCGCGAGAGUCAUUAGUGCAACAGCAAAACGUAGAUCAGAUUAUCACUACGCGUGGUGGUAAGAUUGAAAUUAAGCAACCAAAGCGUUCAUCAUCACCCAACAUAGGACAGGUACUGGAUGUAGCGGUACAUCCGGACAUAUUAGUGAAAAUCUCUCCUAAGCAUUCCCCAUUAAGUGAUAGUAGACGGCAACGUUCACCUUUAAUUUUGAGGUCAACACAGCAAAGGCGCCGCCUUUUGCAGAGAUCACAUGAAAUUGAUUCCGGCGGUUCUACUUCAGAAUCAGAGAAAUCGGUGGAUAUUAAAUCUCCAACGAAAGAUCAGGAAAUUUCUUCUACUAAAGACGAGACAGAUUUUUUUGCUGCCCACAAAUAUUUUGCUGAAAGCGGUAUUCUGGGACCUUUGAACACCACAUCCAAAAAUUUACUGAAGAAAACUUCAAAAAUUCUACAGGAAUCAAAUGUCAUCGAACAAUUACGCAAAACUUCGAUGAUUUUACGAACAAACAACCCAAACAAUAUCAAGAGAACACUAUCUGUUUCGCAACGAAGUGAAGGUACCCCUCAAAAUCCUUGCACAACAACGCCUUCACUCAUUACUACCACUACAUUUUCAACAACUGUACCAAUAUCUCCUAGCAAUCUGUCUGCAAACGAUACACAUAACUUUCCGACAGCAAAAAGCUUUACAUUAAAAUUGCAAACUAAUGCAAAUAUAAAGACCGCGACGGAUACUGUCGGAUCAUCGUCUGCACCAUUUUCGGAAUCUGCUGUAAUAGAAACCUCGCCACAAUCGCCGCAUACUAUGGCCACCACCUGUGGUUUCAGUCCAAAUUUAACCACUCAAAGUUGCAUACCUAUUGACGACAAAGACGCCCAAAUCAAGAAUUUGUUAGGGGAAAUUGUCUCAUUGAAGGAUGUCAUUAAAUCACGGGAUUCUGAAAUUGUGAAACUCCGACGAGAAAUUCAUAAAUUAAAAAGUGUCUUACAACAGACUACGAAUCACCUGACGAUAGCCAAUGAUGAACUGUUGCAACCAUCUUCACCACCUGCGCAUAUUUUAAAUCAUUGUUUUAUGACUCGAGCGACGAACGUCUUCGCCAAACUAUGCGAAGAUUGUAAAAAAUGUAUCGAACAUUCUUCAUCCAUUCACAGCACUCCAUCACUUGAUAAUUUCAAUUCCCAGAUAAUGUUCAUAGAUAACGAUAAGCGAACUUCCGUAGAUAUCGCCUUAAAGCAUACCAAUUUCACAGCUUCGUGUAGUUUUAUUUCGGCAGAGAAUGAGUUUAAAAAAAAUUAUUCCUCUAACGAUCUCACCAAAUAUCAGGUGAAGACAAAAAUAUCUUGCAUUCCUCCACAAAUUCAGCAACCGUUGUUGCUCAAAAAGCAAGGGGUCUCCGGAGAAAGCUUAGAAACCUCUAUGCAACAAAACAUGAAUAAUACACCGAUAGUUAAAUACGAUAAAGAUUACAGCAGUAAACAAUUGAUUAAAGGCGCUAUAAUGGACAAUGAUUUCCUUAAGAAUAUAGAUGCUUCUCAAGUCAAAGAAUUGGUGGAUUCAAUGUAUUCACUUACUAUAAACGAAGGCCAAUUCGUUAUACGUGAAGGUGACGUGGGUGCCCAUUUAUAUGUGUCGGCUGAAGGGGAAUUCGAGGUAGAGAAAAAUGGGAAAAUUUUAGGUAUCAUGGGACCUGGAAAAGCUUUUGGAGAAUUGGCCAUACUAUACAAUUGCACACGUACUGCUUCUAUACGCGUACUGUCAAAUGCUCGUGUUUGGGUUUUGGAUCGACGUGUAUUUCAACAAAUUAUGAUGAGAACUGGCAUGCAACGUAUCGAGAAUAGCGUUAAUUUUUUGAAAUCUGUUCCUCUCUUAAAAAACCUAAGCGAAGAACUUUUGACGAAAAUAGCCGAUGUUUUGGAAGUGGAAUUUUAUUCUUCCGGUACUUAUAUUAUACGUCAAGGUGCUAGUGGUGAUACGUUCUUUUUAAUAUCCCAGGGAAUGGUUAAAGUAACUCAGAAAGUAUCGGGAACAUUGGAAGAAAAGGAAAUUCGUAUUUUAAGAAGUGGCGAUUACUUCGGCGAAAAGGCUUUAAUAAAUGAAGACAAACGCACGGCAAGCAUUAUUGCAUUAGAACCAGGUGUAGAGUGUUUAACUUUAGACCGUGAUUCGUUUAAGCAUCUAAUAGGAGAUCUUUCUGAAUUAAAACAAAAGAAUUAUGGUGAUGAAAAUCGGGCCUUGGCUAUGCGCUAUGCUGAAAGGACCAAAGAGAUCUGUAAAGCGAAUGCUAAGCAAGAGUUCCCGAACUUAAAAUUAAGUGAUUUGGAAAUCAUUACCACUUUAGGUAUUGGUGGUUUUGGCCGUGUUGAACUGGUUAAAGCUUGUCAACAGGAUCGUGUUGAUAUUUUCGCUUUAAAAUGCCUCAAAAAGCGUCACAUUGUGGAUACAAAACAAGAGGAGCACGUAUUUAGUGAGCGUACUAUAAUGAUGAGUUGCAAUUGUCCGUUCAUAUGUCGGCUCUAUCGAACCUUUCGCAAUGAGAAAUAUGUGUACAUGCUAUUGGAAGCUUGCAUGGGUGGCGAAAUUUGGACAUUGCUUAGAGAUCGUGGAUCAUUCAAUGAAAAUACAACCCAAUUUAUUAUCGGUUGCGUUCUGCAAGCUUUCGAGUAUUUGCAUGCUAGAGGAAUAGUCUACAGAGAUUUAAAGCCAGAAAACUUAAUGCUGAAUGAAAACGGUUACGUUAAGCUGGUGGAUUUUGGAUUUGCUAAAUUUAUAGGUAGCAGUAAUAAAACGUGGACCUUUUGUGGUACACCCGAAUAUGUGGCUCCAGAAAUAAUACUGAAUAAAGGUCAUGAUAUGUCUGUCGAUUAUUGGGCUUUGGGUAUUCUAAUUCACGAAUUGCUAAACGGAACUCCGCCUUUUACCUCUAACGAUCCCAUGAAAACUUAUAAUAUCAUUUUGAAGGGCAUUGAUAUGAUUGAUUUUCCUAAGCAUAUGUCGCGAGCAGCCAUUCAGCUUAUUAAAAAACUAUGUCGCGAUUCACCUGUCGAAAGACUGGGAUAUCAAAAGGGAGGCAUACAAGAUAUCAAGAAACAUAAAUGGUUUUUAGGUUUCGAUUGGGAUGGUUUGCAGAAUCAAUUGCUUAUACCGCCAUUUUUGCGCCCCGUAACCUGUCCAACAGAUACCAGUUACUUUGAUAAAUUCUCGGUUGAUAGUUAUGAACCACCUGAUGAGCUUUCUGGUUGGGAUGCCGAUUUCUAAAAAGCCUUUUCUUCAUCUUAAAUGGUUCUAUUAUUAUAUAGGAAUUAAGAGGUGGUUGUUUGUUAUUCUUAAGUAAAAAUUUUGGAACCAAACUUAUACACCUGUGGAUGAAACUUUGUGCCUUCUGCGUAGCUUUUGUUCAAAUGAAACUUUUAAGAAACCAAUAUUUAUCAUUAAG